AUGAUCUCCAGCAUCAGCGGCUUCCUCAGCCUCAACAACCUUGACAUGACGAGCAGUGCCAACGAUGUUAUCGUUGUGCGUCACCCCAACGGCCGGCUCUUCAGCACACCAUUUAACGUGCGGUUUGGAAAGGUAAAGGUCCUGCGCCCAAGCGACAAGGUGGUGCAGGUGGAGGUGAAUGGCAGGCCAACCUCGGCGGUGAUGAAGACCGGCUCGGACGGAGAGGCCUUUUGGCUUAAGCCGACACGUUGGUCCGAGAGAGAUGGUGGAAGGCCCGAGUCACCGCUUGCUGCCUCCGACGCGUUUCCGAGUAGUAGUGCCACCCAGCAGCGUGAUAGCUGCAACAGCAGCGCGCGCGGGAGCGUGGAGACUUUGCAACCAACAGAGCCGGUCACAGGAGCGGUGUCACCGCCAGCUGUGGACACAAAGACAGACGGUAGUGCUGCGACGGAGCCUCUUCUGGAGGAGGACCAGGAGGGGCACCUCAAGGUGAAUGCGGUGGUGAGGAAGUCGCUGAAUGACCUCAAAGAGGUGCAGCUUGCCGAGGAUACGGUUGUCGCGGCGAACAUGGCAAUGCAGCGGAUUGCACAAAUGCCUAUGGCGUAUAAUGACUACCUGCGUGAAACGGCGCUGCAGGAGGAAAAGGAGAGGAUACUGUCAGGUGACAUCAGCAAGCUGGAAUGCAGAUUUAAAGCGUCUGAGGACGACUUACUCAGUGCUGUUGACGCUCCCAAUGCAACGGUGCCCAUGACGGGUUGUGGGAUAUCCACGGCGGCUGCUGAAAGUGGCAAGGAAAAAUCGGCCAUUGUCUCCGUUGAGGUUUUUCCUGAGGAGGAGGAAAGGAAUACACCGGAAAUACCUACAACGUGGAGAACGGAAGGAGCUGGGGAAAUGCACCCGGAAUAUUUUACGACGCCCAAGCAUAGCAAACUACGGGAUCCUGGGACGAGUCUUGCUGCAAGUGACGAGGGGUUUGAUACUUUGGGUGACGACUAUCUUUUUGAGGACGCCAUUCAUCCCGAUGAGUAUGCAGGCGGAUUUGACUGCUACAACGUAGGUGAGACCCCGUCGACUGCCCUUGCAGGUCAAGAGGCGGGCAGUAACCUCUCCGUGAUGGCGGUAGUAAGGCCACCAACAGCUGACUUACAACGCCUCAUCAACUCUGCUUCGCCAAGCGAAGAGGAGAGCGACAUGGUUUACUUCACUCGAACCCUUAUUCCCACAGAAGCGGAUUUACGCAAACUAAACUUGGUAGGCGGGCAUAACAAGGUUCGAUACAUUACAUACAGCUCCCUUCGUGGUGAAGUGGCAGUGGAGGCCAAUGUUUACCUGUGGGAUAGUACCGAUCGCCUUGUUGUAAGCGACGUGGACGGCACAAUCACCAAGAGUGACUUGUGGGGCCAUCUCAUGCCGCUACUUGGCCGAGACUGGACCCAUUCAGGCAUCUGCUCACUGUACAGUAAGAUUGACCGAAAUGGGUACAAGUUUGUCUACCUCACUGCCAGAAGUGUUUCGCAGGUAGGCAUGACACGUAAUUUCCUUUGGAAAAUUGAGCAGGAUGGGUUUUGUCUGCCAAAGGGUCCUGUGCUGACGGCCCCGGAGCGUUUUUUUACCGCGUUGACGCAGGAGGUCUCAAAGAAGUCGCACGUAUUUAAAAUUGCAUGCCUCAAAAGCGUCUUGGAUACAUUUCCGCCGCACAGUAAGCCGUUCUACGCCGGUUUUGGCAACCGCUUCAGCGACGUGGUGAGUUACACCGCCACACAAAUUCCACAGCACAAGAUCUUUAUCAUUGAUCCUAACAGCGUGCUGCAUGUGUAUAACGUGAAACAAACCUUCAAGAAUCUUGCCCAUCUUGUCGACGUGACAUUUCCACCUGUUGUGAAGCGAAUUCAACCGCAACUUCAGUCUCCUCAUACACAGUGCAAAGCAUCUGGUCAUCCGGCAGCAUCUGGUGGCUUGGCCGACGCUGAAGUGGGCAGUAAUGGUUCCUUCACCGCUUUAAAUGGGACAGCCAGGAACGGGUUGCGUGGCCCCUUUUCCUCAGAUGGGAGCGAGUCGCCAUCGCCAUUUUGCGGCGAUGAUGGCCGUAAUGCAACCUUCUCCAUCCCAGUUGAUGCAGGAUUUCUCGCAGAGGACAACGCGUGUCGGUGUCGCACGACGACUACCACCGCGCCGCCUGAGAGCCAUGUGGAGGUGGCUAUUGAUCAAGAGUUUCACCCAUUUCUGUACUGGCGUCUACAGCCAGCUGAUCUCGUGACUACCAAAAAGGAGGUGCAAAAGGACGAGAAGGCCUGUACGGAGGCGAAGCAGCAAAAACCUCAAAAAUCACGCAGAUGGUUGACCUUCAGUCUUGGCACAAGCAGCCAUAAUAAUAAUAAUGGUGGUGAACCCAGUCAAAAGGGUGGGGAUGAAGUUAAGACACAACAUGUUUAUGGAGCGCCUGCGCCUGCACCAGCAGCAGCAGCGACAGACGUGCUUGACAGUGGUGCUACAAAAACGGAAGGACCAUUGCAGGAGGUGGAUCGAGUGGCUGAAAGCGGUUCUGCACUGGAAGAAGUCGCGAAGGAAAUUGCUUAG